AUGGGAAGAUCAAUACGUUCUGUCCUCAUUGACGGCUGGUGGUACUGGGGAGCCUCCGAUACAUGCGGAAUAAAGUUCAGCCAGGACGGAACAGGAGAGCUGGUCUGCGGUCACGGCAUGUCUUUGUUCAUUGCCGCGAUAUUCGACUGGGAGCCUCGCACAGAUCAAGACGAUACACUUCUUGAGAAAGUUGUCGGCAACGGUAGUGAAAACAUUCCAACAGUGGGUCUCAAGCUGACCCUCACCAAACGUCGCAUGCCGUGGUACGGUAAUAUGCCAACUGACGGGUGGGAAUUACACGAUAAAAAUCUCACGCAGAAUGCCUUUACCCCAAAGAUAUAUACCCUCCAGUUUGAGCAGGGUACGUUUCCAGUUAUCGCAAAUACUACCUCUAGCCUCUGUCACUGGUACUCUCUACAUGUCAAGUUCAACCCGUCCCCAUACCCACCCCUCGAUGAAUGGGCCAUGAAGAGUCCGGCAGAAGGGCACAAGUACUGGGAGAGGAAGGACUUCUACAGAGAGCAAAUUGAAGGAGACGUGUACUAUGAUCCAGAAAGCGGGGUUUCGAGGCGAGAGGAGAUGGAAGGGCUGAAGGCUGAGCUGGCCAGGAAGAGGGACUUUAGGAGGAUGGCUUGA